AUGGCAAAUAGAAGGUCAUUUCCACAGCCGCAGCAAAUGGGUUUAUCAGCAGAAGGUUGUGGUGGAGAGGAUGUUAUGUAUACAGAGUUAUGGAAGGCUUGUGCUGGUCCAUUGGUGGAUGUUCCAAGAAUUAACGAGAGAGUUUACUAUUUUCCACAAGGGCACGUGGAACAAUUGGAGGCAUCAACAAAUGAGGAACUGAAUCAGAGGAUAACAACGUUUAGUCUGCCCUCGAAGAUCCUUUGUAGUGUUUAUGACAUUCAGCUACUGGCUGAAAAAGACACUGAUGAAGUCUAUGCACAAAUUACUUUGAUGCCAGAAGCAGAUCAAAUAGAGCCAAGACGUCUUGAUCCUGAGCCUCCUAGGCCUACAGUUCACUCAUUCUGCAAGGUUUUGACAGCCUCUGAUACGAGCACCCAUGGUGGAUUUUCUGUUCUUCGUAAACAUGCAAACGAAUGCCUUCCUCCCUUGGAUAUGAGCCAGCAGACACCAACCCAAGAAUUGGUUGCCAAGGAUCUGAAUGGGAUUGAAUGGCACUUUAAGCAUAUAUUUAGAGGCCAACCCCGAAGGCAUUUGCUGACAACAGGAUGGAGUACAUUUGUUACUUCUAAGAGAUUAAUUGCCGGGGAUUCUUUUGUAUUUCUGAGGGGAGAGAACGGAGAAUUGCGUGUUGGGGUUAGACGUCAUACUCAUUAUCGGGGCUCCAUGCCAUCGUCAGUGAUUUCAAGUCAGAGCAUGCACCUAGGAGUUCUUGCAACUGCAUCUCAUGCCGUUUCUACCAAUACCAUGUUUAUUGUUUAUUACAAGCCAAGAACAAGUCAAUUCAUCAUAGGCCAGAACAAGUAUCUAGACGCCGUAAAUCAUGGUCUUGAAGUUGGCUCGAGAUUCAAGAUGCGAUUUGAGGGGGAGGAUUCUCCUGAGAGAAGGUUUUCAGGAACAAUCAUUGGUGUUGAAGAUUUCUCUCCUCAUUGGGAUGGUUCUAUAUGGCGAUCAUUGAAGGUUCAAUGGGAUGAACCUGCAUCCAUUCGAAGACCUGAAAGGGUUUCUCCAUGGGAGAUAGAACCAUUUGUUGUAUCGCUGCCUACGAGCCUCGUUCAAUCGGUGGCAACAAGGCAUAAAAGGUUUCGAUCACAUGUGGAAAUCUCAGUUCCAGAAACUCUGACCUCGACAGCAGCAGCUGUCUGGAAUCCAUCCCAUGAUUCACAUGAAGCAAAUCUUGCCCUUGAAGAACAGAGGAGUGUACGUAAAAAAUGCGGCAAUCCUAAUGUAAACACUUCUGUAAAUGUGUUUGCUGAAGAAACAGAAAAAAAUAAAAGUGCCUCAGCUUGGUUGGUUUUUUCCAACUUAGCUACACAGUCAGGAAAACAAAGUAACAGUCCCGUGCCUUACCUGAAUGACAGGAGGGAAUCACAUAAUGUUGCAACAUGCCGAUUGUUUGGGGUUGAUUUGAUCUGUCCUUCGAUAGGUGUCCUUGAUGAGAAUUUUAUGAUAAAACCAGUCAAUAUACCAAGUGAUGCUUGCGAUGGAUACAUAUCAAGUAAACUGUCUUCAGGUGAUUCAGACCAGAAAUCUUGUCUUUCAAAGGAUUCCAAAGAGUCAAAGCAAGACCGGUUGCUAGUUCUAACAAAAGAUGUUCAAAGAAGAGAAAAUCAUGCCUCCAGAAGUUGCACCAAGGUUCAUAUGCAAGGGGUCAAAUUACGUUUUGAGGUGGACUUGACUGCAUUGAAGGGGUAUGGCGAACUUAUAAGUGAACUGGAAGAGAUGUUUGGAAUCAAGGGAGAGCUGUGGCCCCAAAAAAAAUGGGAAAUUUUUUUUAGGGAUGACGAAGGUGAUGUGAUGCUCAUGGGAGAUGAUCCAUGGCUGGAAUUCUGUAACAUGGCUCGGUGGAUUUUCAUUUGUUCUUGUCAAGACGUGAAGAAAAUGCAAAGUAGAAGCAAACUUCUUUUAUGGUGUGACCAAAAUUGA